AAGAUUUGGCAUUAAAGGCUGCGUGUGACGAAGUGUUUGAGGAGAGUGGAAAGAGAUUUAGGCCAUGGGCUGCUCAUGGACGUUCUUGCCGUGUAGGAGAGAUCAUUCUCAUCGUCGACUCGGACACCAUCGUUCCCGAAGACUGUCUCCGUGAUGCUGCUCGUGAAAUGGCCGAAUCUCCCGAGGUCGGAGUUAUUCAGCACGAAUCGGACGUUAUGCAGGUCGCCCACAACUACUUCGAAAACGGUAUCGCCCACUUUACUCGCCGUAUCAACCACGCCAUCUCGUUUGCUUGUGCUAAUGGAGAAGUUGCGGCCUUUGUCGGACAUAAUGCGUUCUUGAGGUGGAGUGCGUUGCAGGAUGUGGCCUUUAUUGAUCCGAUAGAUGGAGAGAGGAAGAUUUGGUCGGAGAGCAAUGUGUCGGAGGAUUUCGAUAUGGCGCUGAGGUUGCAGCUCGGUGGGAAAAGUAUGCCUUUGGUUGCUCUGAACUCAUCUUCAACCCAUUCAUCAAGUGGUUCACCAAGGGUCCUAUCACCGGCCAGCUCCACAAGUUUGUCUGGUCCGAUGCUCCGGUACAUUACAAGCUCAGUAUGA